AUGGAGACGCGGAUCGAGUCCCUGAGCGACAAGAUGGACAAGCUGAUGGACGUCCAGGCGACGGUCCUCAGCCGGCUGCAGGGCAUGUCCCGGGACAUGGAGAGCCUGCGCGGGGGCCGGGAGGAGGAGGGGGCGGGCGGGGACGUCACCGGGCUGUGCCGGGAGAUGAGCGCCAUGGUGUCGGAGGUGAACCAGCGGUCGGAGCAGCAAAGCAGCAAGCUGGAGGGCAUGGAGAGGCUGGUGGUAGGCAUCCAGCAGGUCAUUGCCUUCAUCGGGGAGGCCGUCAAGAGCUCGCGCCUCAUGGAGCUCGUCUGCAACCGGCCACCGGCCCACAAGGGGAAGGAUGUGAAGGAGAAGGCCCGUCUGACCUUCAAGGGGCUCAAACCCCAGAAGAAGAAGAAGCCUCCAGAUGCAGACACCGUCUCCCUGAAGAAGCAGGCCCUGCUCCUGGAGGAGGUGCAGAAGCUGAAUCAGCAGAAUGCGGAGCGGUCAGGCUGCCUGGUCACCCCUGAGCCUCCGGUCGCCACGGCGGCGUCGGGAGAGCGGGGCCCGGAGGAGGACCCCGGGGCCCGGCUGGCCUUCAUCCUGGAUGGGCCGCGCGCCCCCGUGGCCGAGGCGGAGGACAGCGAGGUGGAGGAGGAGCCCGGGGAGACGGCCGCGAAGGAGGAGGAGGAAGAGGAGGCGCGGGUCUGCAGCGAGGAGCAGCCGGAAGAGGGGGAGGAGGUGAAGGCUGAUGAGGUUCCGGAGGAAGAGGAGGAGGAAGAGGAGGCAGAGGAAGAGGAGGAAGAGGGGCAGGAGACAGAGGAGAUUGUCAUCGAAGGCCCCACAGACUCAGAGGCGGUUGGGACGAAGGAGCUCCCCGCAGCCCCUGAAGAUAUGUCGAGUGAGACCAGCCCCAGUGUCCAAGAGAGCUCUGAGGACCCUGAGGGGAGUGGGCCGAGUGAGGUCACGGCGGGCAGCAGUAAGCGGAGGGUCACAGAGGAGGACCUGCUCAAGGAAGACCUGAAGAAGAGCCGCGUGGAGGAAGACGAGGAGGAAGAGCAGGGUGAGAGCGCCCAGGCCGAGGGCGGGGAGGAGGGGGGGGAGCCGGAGAAACAGGCGGAGGAGGAAGAGGAGGUCAGCGAGCUGUCACCAGAGGAGUACGUCAUUGACUCUACCCCACCUCCCCUGGCGCCCUUCGAUCACAGGAUAGUCGCAGCCAAACCGCACACCAUCUCCAACUUCUACACCAUCAACCGGGAGGAGAUCCUGGGCGGAGGACGUUUUGGCCAGGUUCACAAGUGUGUUGAGAAUUCGUCAGGGCUCACCCUCGCCGCCAAGAUCAUCAAAGCCAGGAGUCAAAAGGAGAAGGAGGUCGUAAGGAACGAGAUCCAGGUCAUGAACCAGCUGGACCAUGCCAACUUGAUCCAGCUGUACGCCGCCUUCGAGUCCAGAAAUGACAUCAUCCUGGUCAUGGAGUAUGUGGAUGGGGGCGAGCUCUUCGACAGGAUCAUCGAUGAGAACUACAACCUGACGGAGCUGGACACCGUGCUCUUCAUCCGCCAGAUCACCGAGGGGCUGCAAUACAUGCAUCAGAUGUACAUCCUGCACCUGGACCUGAAGCCGGAGAACAUCCUGUGCGUCAGCAGAUCGACAAACAAGAUCAAGAUCAUCGACUUCGGGCUGGCCAGGAGGUACAAGCCCCGGGAGAAGCUGAGGGUGAACUUCGGCACGCCCGAGUUCCUGGCUCCAGAGGUCAUCAACUACGAGUUUGUCUCAUUCCCCACAGACAUGUGGAGCCUGGGAGUCAUAACCUACAUGCUGCUCAGCGGGCUGUCGCCCUUCCUCGGCGAGGAUGACAACGAGACGCUCAACAACAUCCUGGCCUGCCAGUGGAACUUCGAGGAGGACGAGUUCUCCAACAUCUCAGAGGAGGCCAAAGACUUCAUCACCAGACUCUUGGUCAAGAGCAAGAGUUGGAGGAUGAGCGCAACAGAGUCAUUAAAACACCCCUGGCUAUCAGACCAGAAACUUCACUACCGACUUCACCAGAAGGGAAACAAGUGCCACUCUACACACACACCCCCGCCUGAGAGCUAGACAGAAGGGGGCGCCAACUCAACAGCCCUGUCGGCGGGCGUCUGAAAGAAGGUGCUUUGCCAUGACAUGGGCUGUGGUCAAACCGGACCAAUGCUGCUGCACCUGCAUAGUCACUGGGCUCAUUGCUCCUGUGUGUGUGUGAGUGUGUGAGUGUGUGUGUGUGUGAGUGUGAG